UUAUUUUACGUAUUUUUUUAAAGAUUUUAGGGCCUGUAGUUUCGGAGAUCGGAGCGUACUUAAUUAUCGAUCAUGUUGUUUAAUAAUUUCAAAAGUAUUUAUCUUUAAAUAUAACCCCUUCCAUUUGGUUAUAUUUAAAAAACUAUUUUAUAUAAUAUUUUAUAUAAUUAGCUAUUUAACAUUUUUAUGUUAUCCUCUAAAAGAGGCUUUCGUGUUCAAAAUUUACUUAUUUCCUUUGUAUGAGCUGAUCACUAGCGUCAUUUAUUGGCAACUAAAAUGAAAUAUCAUGACGUGAUUUUCACUUAGUCACAGUAGAUUAUCUACUGUGAUCAAGUUAAUACAUUUAUUUAUCUACUGUGACCAUAGUCAUGAAUUUUUUAAAGUUGAUCUUAGAUAAAAUAUUAUCUUUAAACAUGGAAAAAACUUAUCGCUUAGCAAUUGAAAUAAAGAGAGAUAGGAUUGUUGCUUACCUGAUAAUUUACAUUAAACAAUACCUGUAAUAAAAUAUUGUAGGUCAGAAGUUAAAGCUGUUGCCAAGCCAUGGUUCAAGUAAUAUUGCUAUUGACGGUAGUAAUAUAUUUUUUGGGCUGUAAAGGCGCUGCAACGUCCAAAGAUGCCAUUGUGACCAAUGAUCGGUCAAUAAUUGGAGUUCUUAGCCAAGAACAGUCGUUUUACCUUCAUACAAAAUACCCUGAAGAGAACUACACCAGCUAUAUAGCUGCCAGCUAUGUGAAAGAUGUUGAAGCUUCAGGCGCUCGAGUCGUACCUAUACUGAUAGGUAAGAGCCGCGAGUAUUAUAAAAAUCUUCUGAAAAAAUUAAACGGGGUUUUAUUUCCCGGUGGGGCUACAUAUUUCAAACAGUCCAAUGGAUAUGCUGACGCUGGCCAGUAUAUAUAUGAAAUUGCAAUGGAAAUGAAUGAUGCCGGUGAUUACUUUCCCAUAUUCGGAACGUGCCUCGGCUUCGAACUGCUGAUCAUCCUGGCGUCAGGACGUGGUACACCCGAGAAUAGAAUAAGAUGUUACUCUUAUUCAAAUAUGCCUCUUGAUUUCACACCAGAUUUCCGUAACAGUAAAAUGUUUGUGGAAGCUCCACACGACGUAGUGGACAUUUUAGCAACCGAAGACGUUACGGUCAAUGCACAUCAAUUCUGCAUAGUCGACGAGAAUCUUGUUGCAUUCAACUUGACAAAAGAUUGGCUAGUGACAUCAUAUUCUAAUGACGAUUACGGUGUGCAGUUCAUUGCAUCGAUAGAACACUCGAGAUACCCAUUUUAUGGAGUGCAAUUCCAUCCGGAGAAAAACUCUUUUGAAUGGAAACUGUCGAAGAAUUAUCCCCAUUCGUUCAAAGCGAUCAAAGCGAACAGAUAUUUUAUGGAUUUCUUUGUAAAUGAAUGCAGAAAAAACUUUCAUACUUUCGCAAAUGCAGCUGAAGAAAAUACAUAUGCAAUUUACAAUUAUGAAGCGAAGUUUACUGGUGUUUUAGGCAGUCAACACCAUGAAUGUUACUUCUUUGAACCGAGAGGAGUUAAUAAGUUAAUUUAAUUAAUGGAUCCUUUAUCCAAAUGAGAAUUAUUAGAAAUAAUAAAACUUGUUAAUACAGAACGCGUUUUAAUGUUAUUUUUUGUUAUUCUCUAUUAUUGUAUUCUACUUAAUAACUUCUUUGACAUCAUGGACAUACGGCUGCACGUAAGACUAUACAUUUUGGAAUUUUGUUUCGACCUAGUUUCAAGGAGAACUACCCUACUAACAGAAGUCUACUUACGGUGGUAGUGUGUAGCGUGACGUGCGGCGUGUACUAAGAUGCAACAAUAUUAAUAAUAUUUUUUAU